UUUUCCCUCUUAUCUGCGACCGUAAAAAUCAAUGAAGCUUCAUGCUAACUAGGAUCUUCACUGGUCUCUGUGGGCAGGGAAUUCAAUUCAUUUCCAGAUUCUUGUCAGCACCCAGCAGACUGAGAUGAACACUGUAGUGAUCGUGUCUGCUGCCAGGACGCCAAUAGGAUCCUUUAAUGGGGCACUGAGCAGUGUAACAUCAUCUGAUUUGGCUACAGUAGUCAUUAAGGAUGUCCUGAAGAGGGCUGAUAUAAAGCCAGAUGAGGUAUCUGAGGUUAUCAUGGGACAUGUUCUCACUGCAGGCAGUGGACAGAACCCUACACGGCAGGCUAGUGUUGCGGCAGGAAUCCCAUACCCUGUGCCUGCGUGGAGCUGUCAGAUGGUUUGUGGAUCUGGUCUAAAAGCUGUGUGUCUUGGAGCUCAGUCCAUCAUAAUGGGAGAGUCCAUAGUUGUGGUUGCAGGGGGCAUGGAGAGCAUGAGCCAGGCACCUCACACAGUGCAAAUGAGGUCAGGAUUAAAGAUGGGAGAUGCGACAUUGCAGGACUCUAUAGUGGCAGAUGGACUCACAGAUGCAUUUCACAAAUGCCAUAUGGGUAUCACAGCGGAGAACGUGGCUAAGCAGUGGGGUGUGACCCGAGAAGCUCAGGAUCAGUAUGCUGUCACCUCACAGAGCAGGACCGAGGCAGCCCAGAAGGCUGGUUUCUUUAACCAGGAGAUUGUUCCAGUUAUUGUUCCUUCAAGAAAAGGUCCAGUAGAAGUUAAAGUUGAUGAAUUUCCUCGCCAUGGGAGCAAUAUGGAUGUCAUGUCCAAGUUGAAGCCCUGUUUUCUGAAGGACGGAUCUGGCACAGUCACGGCUGGCAAUGCAUCAGGUAUAAACGAUGGGGCUGCAGCGGCCGUGCUCAUGAGCCAAUCAGAGGCUCAGAGGCGUGGUCUGCAACCAAUGGCACGGAUUGUCUCUUGGGCCCAGACUGGCCUUGAUCCAUCUGUCAUGGGCACAGGGCCAAUAUUAGCCAUUAGAAAAGCAACAGAGAAGGCUGGCUGGCAGCUGUCUGAGGUGGAUCUGUAUGAAAUCAAUGAGGCCUUCGCUGCUCAGUGUCUUGCAGUGGUUCAGGAACUUGGCCUGAAUCCCGACAAGGUGAACGUCUGUGGUGGAGCGAUCUCUCUGGGUCAUCCUCUGGGUAUGUCUGGCUGCAGGGUGCUGGUGACCCUCCUACAUGCACUUCAGAGGACUGGUGGAAGGAAAGGUGUUGCUGCACUGUGUAUCGGAGGAGGAAUGGGAAUUGCUAUGUGUGUAGAUAGAAUUUAAGACCACCUCACACACAUGUUGACCAGCUGCUGUUCUAGAAAACUAGACCAGGUCUUACACACGUACAUUAAUUUGUUGAAAUUGUUUUAAAUUAUAUUACGAAAAUGUUAUAUUUUUAUCAUUUAGCCAUCUUAUGCAACCAGGGAAUGGGUUUCUCUGAAGAAUUAAUUAACAAACACUAUCUCUUUUUUAAAAAAACUCUGUCCUUCUCUGACGUUUAUAUAGUUUACAACGCUUGGGGUAAAAUGGCAGAUGCUGUGAGGUUAAGAUAUCUUAAGCUAUAAACCGAAAAACUAAAGUUAAAAUUAUACAAGCACUGUUAUCUUAGUAAAGAAAACUACUUAAAAAUGUAUUGAAUGUAGAUGCAAAUAACAACUCUCAGUUUAAAUAUCAAGCUAUGAAGCUAAAAGAAAUGAAAGCUUCUAAUUUCAAACAUUCCUUUUAGAUCCUACAGCUUUAUUUUUUAUCUGGCUUAGAGUCUCACUGUAUGUCUCAAGUCAGAUUUUUAAUUGUAUUAAUAGUUACUAGUUAUAUGAAUCAAUUAAUAAAUGUAUUCUACCUUAGACUUGCCUUAGCCUACAUAUUACAUUGUGCCAUAAGGCUGAAUGAGCCUCAGUCCUGUGCUUCCUGUCAGCAGCCUGAUGAAUCCUGUAUAUGAAAUACUCUAUAUGCUGGAUUGAAGCCUUAAGGGAAAACAUGUUUACAUAUUAAACUCGGUGAAUAAUAAUAAAAAAAAAUCUUACACUUUG